CUCACGCAGGCCGUCUCGCCCUCUCCCUGCCGAGGAGUUGUCAGUAUGAGGUUACGUCAUCAGGAACGCGACAGUUUGUGGGGCAGCGGUAGUAGGAGCGCGGCGCGUGUCAGAGUUGUCCGCAGGUUCCGCGGCCGGAGCCAUGAGCUGCCCCGUGACUUGCGCCGCCUGGGUGCGCAGAGGGGUCGCCAGGGGAACGCCCGACAAGGUGCGGCUCAGCGCGCAGGAGCUGAAGCGGCUCAUCGGGGAGGCCGCGGAGACGCUGCGAGAAGAAGCAGAUGGUAGUGAUGAAGAAGAACAUGGACAGGCUGCAGAAGACGACAUGGAUGUUGCUAGUGGUGAGACAGUUGAGCCUCCUCAAGAAGAUGGGGACCAGGAAGAAGACACUGAAAAGCUGAAUGAUGAUGAGCUGGCAGAGUAUGGUUUGGAUAAAUAUGAUGAAGAGGAGAAUACAGAUGCUGUGAGCCUUGGAGACACCUUAGCCGGUCUUACGGUGUUUGGGAGUAACGAACGUGAUCCUUAUAUCACUAUUAAAAAUACUGAGCAAUAUGAACAGGAAGAUUUUUUGAUUAAGCCCAGUGACAAUCUGAUCAUUUGUGGAAGAGUUGAUAAGGACCACUGCAGUCUAGAGGUUCACCUUUAUAAUCAUGAAGAGGACUCAUUUUAUGUACACCAUGAUAUCCUCUUACCUGCAUACCCUCUAAGUGUGGAGUGGCUUAAUUUUGAUCCUAAUCCUGAUGAAUCUCCAGAAAUGUGUUAGCAAGUGCUUCAGCUGACAACACUGUAAUUCUGUGGGAUAUGUCUGUGGGUAAACCGGCAGCGAACCUUACUUUACAUAUGGACAAGGUCCAGACACUACAAUUUCAUCCAUUUGAAACACAGACCCUUGUUUCUGGAUCUUAUGAUAAGUCUGCUGUUCUGUAUGACUGUAGAAGUCCACAGGAUAAUCAUCGAAUCUGGCGGUUUAGUGGACAGGUUGAGAGAGUGACUUGGAAUCAUUUUUCACCCUGUAACUUCUUAGCUAGCACAGAAGAUGGCUUUGUGUACUGUCUAGAUGCUCGUUCCGAUAAGCCACUUUUUACUCUGAAGGCUCAUAAUGAGGAAGUAUCUGGACUCCAAUUAAGCAGUCAGAUCAAAGGGUGCCUUGUGACAUCAUCUGCUGACAAAUAUGUAAAAAUUUGGGAUAUACUGGGGGACAAACCAAGUCUGAUCCAUUCCAGGGAUAUGAAAAUGGGUGUUCUCUUCUGUGCAGCUUGUUGCCCUGAUUUGCCAUUUGUCUAUGCCUUUGGAGGGGAGAGAGAAGGGCUUCGAGUCUGGGAUAUAAGCAGUAUUUCUGCAGUGAAUGAAGUUUUUGGAAGCAGAGAGAGGUUGGUAGCUGCCAAUACAAACUCUGCAACUAGCAGCUCCUUUGCCAGCAGUAGCAGCAAAAGUCCAUAAGCAGAAAUGGAAUCAUGACGGAUCAAACCUCACAUAGAUGGUAUAUAAAUGCAAAACAUCAAUCCAGAGUAUACUUUGGGACUACAGUUAAUAUGUACUCUGCACCCACUGGUUUGGAAAUGUUUAUGGAAGUGUAUCAAGUUUACUGCAAUCUGCAGCUUUUUUUCAUCUUGUGGGAGGAAAACAUGGUCUUGUGGUUAAGGCACAGGAGUCAGAAGUUAUGGUUCCUGCCUCUCACUGACUUGGAAAAGUUAAGUGACUGCCUGCACCUUGCUUUAUCUAGCACUGAAAUGGGGAUAGCACAUCACAUUUUGUUUGUAAACUUCACUUGUAAAGUGAUGUAUCUUUGGCAGGAAAGCACUGUGCUGCUGUAGAGUGUGUAUAUAAAGGAUUGGAAUGAAUGGAUUUCUUUAGUUGCAACUGAAAACUACUUCAACUGAAAAUUGCCAUAGUACUUAAGUCAAGGGCUGAACAAAAACUCUUUUAGUGUAAGUAGUCAAACAAUGCAUAAGUUCCCCCAGAAUAAGCUGAGGAUGGUCUGUUUCACAAAUGUCCAGUAUUGCUUUUGAAAGAUUAACAUCUUACUUUAAAUCUCUUAGAACAGUGUUUUUCAACUGGUAGAUGGCAACCACUAGGGGGAGGGAGGUGAAAGGCAAUUGGGAGCCGUUAAGCAUUAUAAAACUACCAUACAAUCUAAAGCAAAGAAAAUCUCACUCCCUGUACACCCUUACCCUUCAACGUCAACUGUUCUGUAAGCUUCUCAAUACACACAAAUGACACAGGUUUAUUGUUGUGAUAUUGAUACAUUUUCCCCCCUCUCUCCUAGUAAAUGGAAGGGGGUUGUAGAAAUCUUUGGCUGUGAAUAAUAGGUCACCAUCCUAAAAUAGUCUUAGAAUAUGAAAUAGGCCAGAGAUGCAUCUUAAAUCAGCCACAGGCCAUGGCCAUUACACAAAGUUUGGGAUAUUCUUUAAAUACAGUAUCUUAGUCUACUAAGAUUUAAACACAUGCAGCUAACACACAUUCUUAUUAAACUGGAGGGAACGCAGAGAGGGCUUUUAAACAGUCUAAUUAGGUUUACCUAAUUAUGGAAUGGGUUAGGAUAGCAGUAGCUAAUGGAUAUGAAGUGUGCAUAAUGGAAAGCUGUACCUGGCGUGUACUUAAUCUUUAAACAACACUGUUUCAGUGUGUCCUAUUUUAAAAUAAGAAAGACACAACAAAGUAAAUCCUGCCAGGAUAAAGAUAAAAAGGGGGGGUUGUACUUAGCCCAGUGCUGGCUGCCUGUGGUGGAGGACUUGCUGUCCUGUCCCAAACUCUAGCUUGCUGAUUAAAGCAGGAACUCUGAAAACAUUUCAGCUUUGUCUGUUCUUGCCAUAGCUUCCUCCCUUGCCUUCAACCUACGUGCUUUAGUAGUUCUUCUUGUGCACUGCAGCGGAGUGCAGAUCACUGGGUUUUUCCCUCAAGUAAUCUAUCCCUACCCUAUAAUCUUGACUCCAGCCACCUUCUUAAAAUAUCCUUCUGUCAGUUAGGUUUGGUUGCCAAUAUCUCACAGUAAAGUUUCAGCUCCUGGGAUGAUGAUCUGUGAGAAAUUCCGUUUCUAGUUCCUUUUUAAAAUGAGGCUAGACUGUGCGGUAUUUUGUUUGUUUUUUACCAGUAUACGCCCUAGUGUGGUUGUAAUUACACAAAGGUGACACGCUGCUUAUUUCCCCUUCCCAUAUGAGAAUAAUUUUGUACAUACUAGGGCAGUUGUACUACUUUAGCUUUAUCAGUAUAGAUAAAAAUUAUUUUAAAAAAACAAAUGGAAAACUUUUAUUAAAUUCCAUAUUCCUUGGGCUGGUGCCUUUUUUUAAAAAAUUGAUAAUGUAUAUUUGAGCCCCCAGGAGCUGUGAAAGUACUGUAUUGUCAAUUAAUACUAUCAUGUUUUUAGCUAAUUUUAUUGUAACUUUUGGAAGGUGGGGGGGGGAAUCAAUCACUAUGUAGAAUCUGCUUUUGUUUGUGCACCCAGAUUCAGUUAACAAGGGAUCUCCUUUUGUACAAGUAAAUUUUACAUUCUGCUUUUCAAGGUAUGACAUGUAGAAGUAGUUGCUAAGUGCCUGUUUUCAAAAUCUUUAUGGUUAGGCAGGGUCUGUCGUUCACGUAAUGGAGUUCUUGCUAAUCGUGUGCUCCUUGAGUGGCUGAGAUGCAAAUUAUGGUAUUUCUCUAAAGCAGUUGCGCCUGCUGUGCUUACUGUAAAAAAA